GGCCAGUGCUGAGAGACCUGUCUCUUUAAGUUGGUGUCAAAGCCGAUUAACGCUGAUCUCGGUCGUGAUUCUGUUUUUAUCGUCUGUUCCCUGAAUAUAUGUUAGUUUCCUGAAUCUAUUUUGGUUUUAAUAUUUGAAGUAGGCCUGUUUAAUUUCGAAUUAAGAUUUUCGACGUGAUACGCAUUUGGAUAUUAAGUUAUGGUCAUGGAGAUCUCAUUCUACUGACAGCGGGUCGGAGAGUCUGAUGUGCGCUGCGCAGCGUGCUAGGACACUCCAACUUUUCCUUGCGCGUCUGUGGUAAGCUUGGAUUACCUCGCUCGUAUACAAAGCUCCUGCUAUCUAUCCUGCUCCACAGUUUUCUUCAAAAUAUGACUAAAUCUCACAGAUGUGAUGCCUCUCGUCACUUUUUGUAACUAUUAAUAAUAGGCCGAAGAUGCAGAAGAGCGUGCGAUACAAUGAGGGGCACGCUCUGUAUCUGUCCGUGGUCGCGCGUAAAGAAGGCACAAAGCGUGGCUCCUUGAGCAAGAAGACGACGGAGAACAGUCGGUGGAACGAAAAAUACUUCGCUCUUUAUCAGAAUGUUCUCUUCUACUUCGAAAACGAUCAAAGCGCGCGGCCGUCAGGAAUAUACCUGCUCGAGGGCUGCACGUGUGAAAGGAUCCCUGCGCCGAAAGUGUCAUCAGUCGGGAAGGAGUCGUCAGAUAAGCAGCAGCAGCACUACUUCUUGGUCGUCUUUGGCCAUGAUGGACAGAAGCCGCUGGAGCUGCGGACGGAGGAGGAGUCUGACUGCAACGAGUGGGUGGAAUGUAUCCAACAGGCAAGUUACUCUGACAUCAUCAUCGAGCGUGAGGUGCUGAUGCAGAAGUACAUCCACCUGGUCCAGAUCAUGGAGACAGAAAAGGUAGCAGCCAAUCAGCUACGCACCCAGCUUGAGGACCAAGACACAGAGAUAGAGAGGCUGAAAGCGGAGAUUGUAGUGUUAAACAAGGCCAAGGAGAGGAUGUUGCCUUUCCAGCUAAACCAGGAGGAAGAGGACCCAGAUAUUAAGAAGAUCAAAAAGGUCCAGAGCUUUAUGCGUGGAUGGCUGUGCCGGAGGAAGUGGAAGAUCAUUGUCCAGGACUACAUCUCCUCGCCCCACGCCGAGAGCAUGAGGAAGAGGAACCAGAUCGUCUUCAACAUGGUGGAGGCGGAGACGGAGUACGUCCACCAGCUGUCCAUCCUGGUCAACUGCUUCCUGCGGCCGCUACGUAUGGCGGCCAGCUCAAAGAAACCCCCCAUUAGCCAUGAUGACGUCAGCAGCAUAUUCCUCAACAGUGAGACCAUCAUGUUUUUGCAUGAGAUCUUUCACCAGGGUCUCAAGGCACGGAUAGCCAACUGGCCCACUCUCGUGUUAGCGGACCUGUUCGACAUCCUGCUUCCUAUGCUGAACAUCUACCAGGAGUUUGUGAGAAACCACCAGUAUAGCCUACAGGUGCUGGCCAACUGUAAGCAGAACCGGGACUUUGACAAGCUCCUGAAGCAGUAUGAGGCCAAUGCUGCCUGUGAGGGCCGCAUGCUGGAGACUUUCCUUACCUACCCCAUGUUCCAGAUCCCUCGCUAUAUCAUCACCCUUCAUGAGCUAAUGGCACACACACCCCACGAGCACGUGGAGCGCAAGAGCCUGGAGUUUGCCAAAUCUAAACUGGAGGAGUUGUCAAAGAUGAUGCAUGAUGAGGUGAGCGACACAGAGAAUAUUCGCAAGAACCUGGCGAUAGAGAGGAUGAUUGUAGAGGGCUGUGACAUACUAUUGGACACCAGCCAGACCUUCGUCAGACAAGGCUCUCUUAUCCAGUUGCCAUCCAGCAGUGAACGAGGCAUGCUCAGUAAGGUGCGCCUAGGUUCCCUGUCACUCAGGAAGGAAGGGGAACGACAAUGCUUCCUGUUUACCAAACACUUCCUCAUUUGCACCCGCACCUCUGGGGGAAAGCUCCACCUGCUCAAGCAGGGCGGUGCAUUAUCUCUGAUAGAGUGCACUCUCAUCGAGGAGCUGGAUGCCAACGAUGAGGACUACAAUGCUGCUGGACAGGGCUUCAACCACCUGGAGUUCAAGAUAGUAGUGGAGCCCCCUGAUAGUCCUGCUUUCUCCGUCGUCCUGUUGGCCCCCUCCCGGCAGGAAAAAGCUGCAUGGACCAGUGACAUCAGCCAGUGUAUCGACAAUAUUCGCUGCAAUGGCCUGAUGACAAGUGUGUUUGAGGAGAACUCCAAAGUCACUGUGCCACACAUGAUCAAGUCGGAUGCCAGGCUUCACAAAGACGAUGUCGACAUUUGCUUCAGCAAGACCCUCAACUCCUGCAAGGUCCCCCAGAUACGCUACGCCAGCGUAGAGCGCCUUCUGGAGAGGCUGACUGACCUGCGCUUCCUGUCCAUCGACUUCCUCAACACCUUCCUCCACACCUACCGGAUCUUCACCACGGCCGCCGUGGUCAUGGACAAGCUGGCCGACAUCUACAAGAAGCCCUUCACCUCCAUACCCGUUAGGGUCCAGUACCACUCAUCCGACCGUCUUUCCAUCACAGCCCUCUGUCCUGACUACAGCUUGAAGAUCACACGGCUUGCCAUGGAUCAGUCCAAAUCCUUGGAACUGUUCUUCGCCACCAACCAGGGCACGUGGGGGGGCGACCACCUCAACAACAAAUCCCCUCGUCUGUGUCGCAAGUUCUCUUCUCCUCCUCCUCUCUCCAUCCCCUCUCGCACCUCCUCGCCCGUCCACUCCCGCAAACUCUCACUUAGCUCCCCAGUUGGCACUAAGGUGGGGGCUCUGGACCUAUCAACCACCCCCUCCUCUUCUGCCGCCAACUCCCCCACCUCCACCCACUGCCCCUCUAUCUCCUCCCCGCCGCCAACCUCCAUCAAGCCACCGUCUGGCUUGUCCUCCCCUCCUCCCACCACCACCCGCUCCCCCAGCUUCCCCCAGACCCAGGGAAUGUCGUCCCCACCCCCCACAUCCACCAAGGCCCCCUUGGACCUCAGCCGUGGUCCAAGCUCCCCAGAGCCCAGCCCUCCCGGCGGGGAGGACGGAGGGGGAGAACUUCCACGUAUUGACGCCUUCUGUGGGAAGCUGAGACGCAGCAUCCGCAGGGCGGUUCUGGAGACUGUGUCUCUGGACAAGUUCAUCCCUGAGGCUCCGCCCACCAGUGAACCAGGAGACAUGUCUCCCUGUCGCUCGCCCUCCACGCCCAGACAUCUCCGCUACCGACCGGCAGGAGUGCAAUCCGGGGAGAACCCACGCUGCACAAUGUCACCGGCCUCAGCCUUCGCCAUCGCCACAGCAGCAGCGGGCCACAGCAGCUCUCAGGGUUUCACCAACAAUGAGAAGACCUGCGACAAAGAGUUCAUCAUUCGCCGGGCCGCAACUAACCGUGUCCUCAACGUGCUGCGUCACUGGGUCUCCAAGCACUCGCAGGACUUUGAGAUGAACGGAGAGCUGAAGAUGGGUGUGGUCGGUCUGCUGGAGGAGGUGCUACGAGAUCCUGACCUGCUGCCACAGGAGAGGAAAGCCACUGGCAACAUAUUAAAUGCUCUUUCUCAAGAUGAACAAGAUGAUGCACAGCUAAAGAUAGAGGACAUUCUACAGAUGAAAAGCUGUCCUCUGCUCCACUUCAUCUUGGCGGAAUGUCCUAAGGCAGAGUGUUUUGAGUCUCUGUCAGCUAUGGAGCUGGCUGAACAGAUCACCCUUCUGGACCACAUCGUUUUCAGGAGUAUCCCCUACGAGGAGUUCUUGGGCCAGGGCUGGAUGAAGGUGGAUAAGACUGAGAGGACUCCCUACAUUAUGAAGACCAGCCAGCACUUCAACGAUAUGAGUAACCUUGUAGCAUCUCAGAUCAUGACUCACACAGACGUUGGUUCCAGAGCCAGCUCCAUAGAGAAGUGGCUGGCUGUGGCCGAUAUCUGCCGCUGCCUCAACAACUACAAUGGAGUCCUGGAGAUCACCUCUGCUCUCAACCGCAGCGCCAUCUACAGGCUAAAGAAGACAUGGGCCAAGGUCUGCAAACAGACCAAGGCACUGAUGGACAGGCUGCAAAAAACGGUGUCAUCUGAAGGAAGAUUCAAGAACCUAAGAGAAACUUUGAAGAAUUGUAAUCCUCCAUGUGUGCCCUACCUGGGGAUGUAUCUGACAGACCUGGCCUUCAUAGAGGAGGGAACACCCAACUUCACUGAGGAAGGACUGGUCAAUUUCUCCAAGAUGAGGAUGAUUUCUCACAUCAUUAGAGAGAUCCGUCAGUUCCAGCAGGCUCCCUACAGGAUAGAGCACCAACCCAAGGUGACUCAGUUUCUACUGGACAAGACGCUGGUGAUGGAUGAGGAUACUCUAUAUGAGCUCUCACUGAAAAUAGAACCUCGCGUACCUCCUGGCUAAACACAAACACUACAAAUCACACACACAUGAAAUACCUAUGCACGUACACAAGCAUGUGCACACAUAUUAGCAUGUGCACUUGCAUGCACGCAUGCACACACAAAUACACACACAAAUACACACAAACAUAAUAAACGUCUCUGUAUGUUUAAUGCUUAUGUAUCAUUUGUAAGGCUCAAACCAGUCGAAUGACGGAGCUUGAGAAUCACCUGCUUUUGAGUUAAAUAAUCCAUAUUUGGGAUGUAGGGCUUAUUACAGAGCAUUGCCAAUUAUCAUGCUCAAAGACCUCAGGUGAAGAUGUGCCUUUGUUGUUAAUAUUUAAUGUACAAUGAAAACCAGAUCUAAUGAACUCUAUUCUUUCAGAUUUGUAUUUAAUUUCCUAAUGAUAAUAUUCAGUACAUCGCCGUUGGCCCCACAGUCAUAAGAUUACACUGGCUGAAGUGUAAGCAUAGCUUUAGGUAUUUCUAAGCCUGGCAACCCGUCCUUCAACAGGCCAAACCUGAACAUCUUUGAACCUGCCAACUCACUAUCAUAGUUUUGUGUGGAUUUAGAGAAUGCGUUAUGGUCGGGACAUCCAAUUCAGGAUGAGUCGUCAGGUUACGAGGGGUUACAGUCUUCUCAUUGUGGAUGGUAACGGGCCAGCCUCUCAUAUGGGAUGACUCACAUAUUUCUCUCUGUAACAUAUACCUAUAUUUAUUCAGAUGCUGAGUUGGGUAUUUUGGUUAGUUAAAUGGUAUCUGUUACAUUCUGAUUAGCCCCUUAUUCCUUUUGAUGCUCAUUGAUUAGAUAGGACUGAACUUUGGUCUGUCAUUUUGCAUGUUUAUUUAGCUAUUCAUUUACUGUACUUCUCAACCAUUUUGUUGAAGAUGUUUAUUCAUCCACAGUGUACAUUGGUUGCUGUUAUUUCUGUUUAGCAUCGGUUAAGUAUUACAAAGUCACAAAAACAAAACUCACAGGAUUUCCGGAUGAAUUCAUUUGUCGGGGCACAAAGAAGCCCCAGCGAGUUCAGAAAAUAACUUCCAGUUUGGUCAAACAAACAUUUCCAGCUUGAAUCCUAAAACAUCCUAUUCAAAAGCCACACAUUACUGUCUUUGAAAAAAGGCUGUUGAAAAGUUAAAGAAAUGAGAACAAAAUGGCUGUUUAUGACAGUAGACAGUUUAUGUACUGUUUAUUUAAAACUUGACUUCCUUUUUUGUCUUCUGUCUAACUCAUUGUUGUUAAUUCCUGUUUGAUAUAUGUAUUUAUUAGUAUUAUUUGAAAGACUACUUGUUUGACAGUAUUAGUAAAAAUCUGUGCACUGUUUUUUUUGGGGGGGGGGGGGGUAACUUGUGCAAACAUUUUUGAUAACUAAAUUAGGGCAUGUUUUUUUCUUCCUUUUAAUGUAUUCGAAUAAUUUUAUUUAAUGCGAAUUGCAUUGGCUGAGAACUGUAGCACACUUAGUUUGAUUGCUUCCUUUUUGUACAGUCCUGAAAUAUCAGGAAUUUCUUGACAAUGAAAUGCACUGACAGUAUAUAUGACCCCUGCUUUUAUACAUUACAAAUGUACUUGGUUAUGAUCCUAGCUGUUGUAUUUUUUCAUGCACUUCUAUAGAGAAUGUACAGAUAUUUACACUUCUGGCUUGUAAAUAAAUAAACGUUUUUAAUG